AUGGCUCCACCAGUACCACAUGACCACCACACCCCUGACCCCUGCCCACCACACCCCAGGACACAAUGGCUCCACCAGUACCACAUGACCACCACACCCCUGACCCCUGACCACCACACCCAUGUCCUGUCAGAGCCCGAGAUAUUGACAGCUCCAGAAUUAACACAUGACCGCCACGCCCACGCCCAUGUCCUCAGCCCACCACGCCCACGCCCACACAAACCCCCCCACCUCACCCCCUCCCACGACCUGUCAGUGGCCGAGAUUUUGACAGCACUACGCCCACAUCAAUACCUCGCCCGCCCACGCCCGCCGCUCACCCCCACGCCCCUUGCCCGCCACGCCCACGCCCACGCCCACUCUCCCCGCUCACCUCGCUGCCUGGACGCGCCUCGAGGAAGAGUCUGA